AUGGACAAACGUCGCCGUGCACCACAUCACCGAAAUUCUGAUUUAAACAUUAGGAUUUCGAAUCUUUUGGCUGCCUGUGUGAAAGAUUUAAUGGACACAGGAGAACCAAAGGUGGCAGAAAGUAUAGUUAAUGUGCUGAUGAUCGAAGAUCUCACAAGUGACAUGACAUCGAUCAGCUCAAUUGCAUCAGCGAUUCAGUCAGGAAUUGAAGAAGCGGUUACUUCAGUAAACGAAGCUGUUCAAGAAGCCCAAGCAGAAGUUUCACAAAUACUUGGUCUUACAACAACACCUAGUCCACUCUCGUCUGAAACACCGUCAACAACGACAACAACUAUCGAUGCACAAACGACAACGACUCCUCCUCCUCUUGCUUCUUUCAAGUGUGCUAUUUAUGAAAAUAUGUAUAUUAACACAUGGCAUUAUACAAAUGAAGCUACACCACCUAUUAAAAACUGUGCUAGUUCUUCAGGAAACUUCGAAAUAGUCAAAAAUAAAUUUGUUCGAUAUACACUUCGUACAAGUGGUUCUAGCAUUGAUGAAUUAACACUCAUCUUGUUUGAUGAAGCAUCAACCAAAGCAAUUUGCACUGUUUCAGGUGUUGGUCAAGAUUUUGGUUGGAUGGAUUGUGAAGAGAAUGGCAUUAAUCCCUCUUUGAUAAAAACAGCAACACAUGAAACAUUAACUGUAUACUAUGCCAAAGGAAACUUUACAACAAUUGUAACGCAUGAUAUUGGAGUUAAUGUUGGUCGAUUCGUAAUUGAUGUGUAUCAAAGCCCCGAUUUAGCUAUUCAUUCAACUGGAGAAUUAAGUUCAAACCUUAAGGGUUUAAUUGGUAUCUCAUUAUAUGCUAGAUUACAAAUACAAUCAUUACCAUUUAAACCAAAAUUAUUAUUUGUAUUACAUGAUCAAAUGUCACGUGAUGAAAAUAUAUUUCUUGAACAAUUAAAUAGAUUAAAGGAUAAUUUACAAGCAUCAUCAAGUAUUUUAAACGUAUCAAACAAUGAUGAAUUUGAAAUAAAACAAGAAGAUAUUGUCUUAUUACCAUCAGCAUUUAAUGAAGAACAAAAACAAACUACAGAACAAUUAGAUAAUAACAGUACAAAUAAUAUUCAAGUAACUGCGGAUAUAAAUUUAAAAAACUUUAUUGAAGAUAGUUUUAAACAACUAAAAGAUUUGACUGAUGAAUUAAUUAAUGAUGCAAUUGAUGAAUAUGAACAAUCUGCACAAAGUUAUCAUGCUGAUAUAAAAUCUAAUAGACUAAAAAAUAUUGAUCCAAGAAUACGUUGUGCAGAAUAG